CUCGUGAAGGCACUACCGGAGUUUAAGUCACUCGCAUGUACUUCCCUCUGCUGGUUGGUCGGACUCACAAUGCAUCAGGUCCGAGUGCAGGUACCUGCUCGGUACUUCCAGCCACUCAUCCUGACAAGAUCGAUCGUUGUCCACGAUCACGGGGAUAUUUCUUCCCCGAUUCUUUUUUCGCUUCGUGCACAUCUUCUCCCCUCUUCUCUCAUCGUCUUGAGUUCUUGUCUCCUUGUUUUUAAUUGCUUCCAUUUGAUUUAUUACUUCUCCCUUCCGAUUGCGGCCACCUUUCAAAGGAUUGUUCAAGUCCGCUGCUUGUCCUCCCUUGCUAGACGCCAUCUGAGUUUCGCUCUCCCACGGAAUCCAUUCACUUCCCAUGUCCUAGAGCUGGCUCUGCAAGCACACUGCGCCUGUUGCUGGUCCCAUGGGUCAACACCCUCCUACUUUCUGGUCGGCCCUUGUUUGGGCGACCCGGACUUGUCCCGGCGCUGGAUGCCUCGUCGAACACAUCACCCCUUGGCACCGGGAGAAAGUGGAUGCUGGUGUACAGCUCUGGCCCGUCUGGUUGCUGAGCCAAGGCCUGCCCGUCCAUGUCGGAGACCGCGAUGGUGUCAAUCACGACAAUGAUGCGCAUCCGCAACGAUAGUCAAAUAGCAUUGUAGCCCACCAGGACCCAUCAAUCUGGAAAACAAAUGUAAGGAUCUAGGGUGUCUCUCAUCCAUAUGUCCGUAAGCUUGCUUGAAGGUAUCCUCUAUGU